AACAGAACUUGACAUUUUUCUUCUUUGCAGAGUAACUGUUGAUUAGUUUAAAAUCUGUCUGGAUUACACUAAAAAUGCAAAGAAGAAUGAACAGGUGCAACUUCUCUUCUUGUGAAAUUAUCCUCUCCUUACUUUUGUCGGUUUCUCUGCUCAUCUCUUUGGGUUUGAUAGUAUUGUCAUGGCUGGCACUGCAUAUAGAUGUGGCUCAAAUCCAACCUAAUACAACUGAAGUAGUUUUGGGUGGAAGAUUUACAAUUACAAAUGGAGCUUCUUUCAGUGACAACCUUCAAAAUAAAUCUGCUGUGGAAUUCAAAACACUUGCUUUUGAUAUUGAACAUAUGAUUUCUUCUGUAUAUGCACAGAGUUCUCUGAAAAAUGAAUAUAAGGGCUGUGAAAUCUUGGAUUUCAGACAGGGGAGUGUGGUGGCUACCUUCAGAGUCUGUUUUACACAAUCUGUGUCUUCUGAGGAGGUGAAAUGUGAGCUUGUUAAAGGAAUAGAGACAAACCAAGGAGGCAUUCUUGGGGAUUUUGUGAUCGACACACAAAGUGUACAUUUUGGAAUACAGUGCUUGCCUGGUUAUAAACCCUGCUAUGACAGCACUACGUGUGUUGCCAAAUCAUCUUUUUGUGAUGGGAUAAACAACUGUCCUGAUGGCUCAGAUGAGGAUGAGAAAUACUGUGCAACACUGUGUGAUGGACAAUUCCUUCUCAAAGGAAUGACAGGCUCCUUCCAUUCCAUUAACUUCCCUUCAGCAUAUGAACCUGAUAUUUUCUGCAGAUGGAUAAUACGUGUUCAGGAUGGGUUCUCUAUUAAAUUAGUUUUUCCCUCAUUUCAAACUGAAGAAAUCACAGAUGUUCUGAGACUUUACGAAGGAAUUGGAGAAAAGAAAAUCUUGAGCAGCUCUCUGUCAGGCUCAUCACCAGGAACAGUGAGAAUAUUCGCUCAUGAGGUGACAGCUGAAUUUAAUUCGGAUUUCAUCAAUAACUUUAGAGGAUUCAAAGCAACCUAUGAAGCAGAAAACAACAACAAUCUUUCUAAUAUGGAAAGAAUCAAUUGUUCCUUUGAAGAAGGUAUGUGCUACUGGAAACAGAAACCCAUGGAUGAUGGAGAAUGGAAGAGAGUCAAUGGACCAACAUUUCCACCACUUUCUGGACCCAUCUUUGAUCACACUUUUGGGGAUCCAUCCGGGUUCUACAUAGUCACACCAGGAGAUCCUGGUAAUUGGGCAAGCAGCUUCAGGAUCUUCAGCCUCCCAUUAAUUGACAGUGUCCAGCCAUCCUGUCUGAGCUUCUGGUAUCACAUGUAUGGCAAAUAUGUCUUCCGGCUUAGAGUUUACACCUCUAAGACACAGGAUACGCUGAAAACUAUUUUUGAGAAAGAAGGAAACUACGGGGAUAAUUGGAACUAUGGACAGGUUACGCUUAAUGACACUACUGAUUUGAUGGUUGUGUUUGAAGCCCAGAAGAUGUCUGGCCUUUGGAAUGACAUAGCCUUGGAUGACAUCGGGCUGACAAUUGGUCCAUGUAUCGAUGGUGUCCACCCAGAACCGACACCAGUCAUGCCACUUGCUACCUCUCCUUCCCAACCCACUGACUGUGGUGGACCUUUUGAACUAUGGGAACCAAAUUCUACUUUCAGUUCUCCCAACUAUCCUCACAAUUAUAUCAACAGCGCAUUUUGUGUGUGGUAUCUUUAUGCAGAAAAAGGCAAAAACAUUCAACUGCAUUUCUCAGAAAUUGACCUGGAAUAUAUUAAUGAUGUGAUUGAAGUGAGAGAUGGAUUAGGGGAUAAUUCAUGCUUAUUGGAUGUUUAUACAGGAAGAGGACCAUUUGUUGACCUGUUCUCUACAAACAAUCACAUGACAGUACUCUUUGUAACCAACAAAUCAAGAACCAGGAAGGGAUUCCAUGCUAAUUUCACCACAGGCACUCAUCUUGGCAGACCUGAGCCCUGUGGUCCAGGAUUCCAGCAGUGUUCCAAUGGACAGUGUAUUUCCACUGGGAGCAUUUGUAAUGGCCACUUAGACUGCCUGGAUGCCUCCGAUGAGGCCCAUUGUGUGCUCCUACAGGAAGGCAAUGACACCUGUAAUGGACUAGUGUGGUUCAAGAUCCAGAAUAUAUGGUACACAGUAUGUGCAGAGAAUUGGUCUGGGGAAGUCUCUCAAUCUGUGUGUCAGUACCUGGGCUUUAGAGGAGGCGAUUACAAAACUGUUUCCAUUACUAACAGAAAUGAUUCCUUCAUAACUCUGAGCAAGACAGUAAAUGGCAGUUUAGAGCUUAUACCCAGUGAUAUAUGCACCAAUGAGAAAGUGAUAUAUCUGCAAUGUGAAAAAAAAUCCUGUGGAAAGAGAAUUGUCUUUCGGAAGAUGGAAUGGAAAGUGGUAGGAGGAAAUAACUCUGAAGAAGGAGCCUGGCCUUGGAUAGUAUCUCUUCAUUUCAGGGGACGCCAUAUAUGUGGAGGCACUCUCAUCAGUGAAGACUGGGUGGUGACUGCAGGUCACUGUGUCUAUGGGAGAAACAUCCAUUUCACAGAAUGGGAAGCACUGAUCGGUCUUCACACACAGUUAAACCUAAGUUCUCCAAACACAGUAAUCCGCCGGAUUGACCGCAUUGUGAUGAACCCACAAUACAACAAGAGAACAAAAGAUGGUGACAUUGCUAUGAUGCACCUUGACUUAAGCAUCAAACUAACAGAUUAUAUCCAGCCAAUAUGUCUUCCUGAGAAGGAGCAUGAGUUUCCUGCAGGAACAGUGUGUGUGAUAGCAGGGUGGGGACGAGAAGAAGAACAAGGACCCGUGGCAAAUAUUCUGCAGGAAGCAUUCCUCCCUCUCGUCACCAAUAAGGAGUGCCAACAGCUCAUGCCUGAAUACAAUAUUACACAGAGGAUGCUGUGUGCUGGCUAUGAUGAAGGAGGAGUUGACACCUGCCAGGGUGACUCAGGAGGUCCUCUCAUGUGCCAGGACAAGACCGGAUGGAUGCUAGCUGGUGUGACGUCUUUUGGAUCUGGCUGUGCUCGACCACACCGCCCAAGUGUGUAUGUGCGUGUCACAGAGUUUUUGGAUUGGAUAUAUAAAAUACAGCUGUAGAUACAAAGAUUUUCUUCCGGUUCAUCCUGUUGUUUGAAGUUUGCAGGAAUUCGGGUUCCAUAAUCACAAGACCUUACCUUACAAAAUGGAAGUUAUUAAAUGAAGAUCAUGAGGAAUGAAGACAACGAAACCACUUUUGCCCCAGCUGUUCUAAAUGAAUGAUUCCCUACAUGAUUUCUCAAAAGAUAUAUAUACUGUGCUUUGCAAAAGAAAUCAGACACUUCCAUAUUGUGAAAUUACAACAAUUAUUUUAUUAAAAACUUGAAAUUCUGAAAUUUCAGAUUUUAACAGGUAAAAUAAGUUAAUAUCAGCAAAAACUGAGAAAGAGUAGAAAAAUGUAAAAUAACGAUGAUAUUUUUCUCUUUUUCUAUGGAAGUAUAAAACACAUCCUAACUUUGUAUCUUGUAUUUCAUCUACACCGCUCUGUAUCUGCAAUGUCUAUACAUGCUUAAUGUUAUUGUGAAACUGUCUUGGUGUGAGCCAGCCUGGAUCAGUGUCCC